AUGUCAACUGAAAGUGAUACCUGUUCAGAGCCUUUGUUAGCAAAUGCUAAUAUGAUAAGCGAAGAUAUUUUAGAAAGAGGUCAUGCUCGUCGGAUGGGUCAUUUAGAGAAUUAUUUUGCUUUAUUACAAAGACAAGACCUCUAUGGUAAUUUCACCACAUAUUGUGAAUUUGAAUCAUAUGUGGACACUGAAACAUUGGUGCCUAUCUUAAGAGAAAUUUUUUUUCAAAAUCCAAUAUUAGUUCACACAAUUAUUCCUAAGAAUUAUCCGAACCAUGAAGAGUUCUAUUUAAGCGAACAGUAUUUGGAAAAACCUUAUCCAGAACACGACUACAUUAAAAUUGUCCCUCAUUUAGGUUUGAACGACAUUAUAAUUAAUGAACAAGAAGAAUACAGAGACGUUGUGGAUUCGAUCAUAAAAAGGUUCAACGAUGACGCAUUCCAGAUUACUUGUUCUUUGACUGAAAUGAUUUCCAACAUUAGAAUUCCUAUAUGUCUACCCAAUAGACCUAAUUGGAGAUUAUUAAUCUUGUUUGACCAGAAAACCCCCAGGAGAUUUAAGCAUAUCGUUUAUAUUAGUAAUCACUGCAGUUCAGAUGCGAUGAGUGGUAUAAAUCUAUUUAAAGAUAUUAACAAAGGAUUAGCUGUGUUGGGAAAAGAAGCUACUAAUAUUAUUAUUGACACUAUAGAUAAUGAUUAUAGUGUUAAUAAUAACAGUAGAUCCUUGGAGAUAUAUGAUUAUGAUAAGGACUAUACAAAAUUCAAAAGAUUAGCAAUUCCCAUCACUGAGAGAAUAGAUUACAGACCUAAUUGGAUAGCAAUGGGUAAAUUAAUGGUAACCUCUAUGAUAAUGAAAUAUCUGGUGUAUAAAUUUAAGGACAGUGAAACGAAAAGGAUCAAAGAGGAUCGUAGAGAAAAUUUCCAUUACAAUAUCAAUAUCGGAUGGGACCAAGUACAACAGUUGAAGACUAAUUUACAGAGACAUAAAAGUUCCAUGACUGGAUUUUUACAAGCAUGUUUAUUCAUAGUCUUGAAUGAAUCAGGAGUCUUCAAGGAUAGAAGAUGGAAUGAAAUGGGCGUGGAUAUAAGUAUACCGAAUGAUCAUAGAAAAUCGUUGCCAAAAGAAUUAGUUGAGGAACAAUAUAAAUACGGGGCUAACGUCGCAGGAUCCCAUUAUUCAUUUUUAAUUUCCAGUAUAAAAAGGGACCAAAUAUGGGAAUUGAGCCAAUACUAUACCGAAGUGAUACAAAGUGCAGAUUAUAAUGUUGGUUUGGGCGCAUUAAUGUUGGAUUUUGUCUACAAGAAUCAGAAUGUGGAUAAGAUAAUUACAGAUUCCUAUUUAGGAAACCAGCGUGGUGGUAUUAUAUUAAGUAAUAUCGGGUUACAUACUGAUAAGAGUGGAAAUAAUAAGAUUGAAGAUGAUGAAAAGAAACCAUUUGCUGGUGGUAUUAAAGACUUAAAAUUUAUUCAAAAUGUUGGCACUUUAGGUUUUUCAUUGGUAGUUAAUGUGUGUAGCACAAAGAAAUCAGGUAUGAAUGUUUGUGUAAGUGGUAUUGAAGGUACCAUUGGUGACAGAGAGAAAUUUAACGCUACAUUCAAAGAAUUGGAAAAUUUAAUAAGGAGUUACUGUGAAUAG